AUGAGAGGAUCAUUUAGUGAUAUGUUUAUAAGAGAUACUAUUAAUUGGGUAGAUCGGUCAUCCCCUCCAGGCUCUCCAGUUUUAGAACCCGAAAAAGAUAAAGUACCAGCUCCUACACAAGGUGAUAGCUCUGUGAGUGAAUACAUUAAAAUGAUAAAGCUAUAUGCUAUUAGUAUUGGCAAGAAUUUAGAUGAUAUAGACGUUAAAGAAAAAUUCCUUAUUGGAUUAUCACCUAAUAAUGAAAAGCAUAUAGAAGAGUUUGGGAUUAAAAAACCUUUGUCUAAAAUUUUCGAUUUCUUAGUUAAGUUUUGCGGUUCAGCAAUGUGA